AGUGGGAGUGACGUCAUAAAUUGCUUCGUGACGUCACAAGAGGCACAGUUUAAAUGGCAGGUGUGAAAAUACUGCCUUAAACCCUCGAAUAUUCACAUUUUGACCAACUUUUCACCCACGGCGCGUUGACACAAGCACCGUGAAGGGUCAGAGAACACCUGGUGAGAGAGAGAAGGAUGGAGAUAAAGGAGAAGAAGAGAAAAUAAGAGGAAAAUAACAGCAGUGUCCGUCACGUUGAGGGUUGUUUGGUAUUCUUAGACUCAUCAGAAAAUGGCUGAGCAAACCCAGACGUGUAUUGUGCUUAAUGAUGUCACAGUAGUCAGUCAAGAUAUAGAGCCAUGUGGGGAUCCCCGUAUCUGUUUAGUUGGGAGCCUUGCAGAUGACGCAGAGACAGUCGAGGCAGCUAAGAAAUUCAACGUGCCUGUGGUGACAUCAGAGACAGGGGAGGAGUAUGUGUCAGACUCUGCCUUCUGCACGUACUUUGUCCUGAGUGAUUUUGAGAGUCCGGUGUUUGAAGAGCUUGAUAAGGCGGGAGUUCGGUUACUAGGGAAGCCAGCACUAAUAGAGCUGUCUGGAAAUGGAGUGCUCACCUAUACAAGACGGCCAGUCUUCUGCCAUGUUAUGAAAGAUGCCAUUCUCGUCUUCACAGGAUUCAGAAAGAAGAAUGAAGUUUGCAGGUUACUGAAGCUGGUGCACUACAUGGGUGGGAGUGUGAAGAAUGAGAUCAUAGACACCGUGACACACCUGCUGGCGUACUCCUCCACGGGGGAGAAGUACCAGUACGCCAACACCUUCAACAUACCCAUCAUGAGUGAGGACUGGGUGCAUGCUGCCUGGGCCCACCGAGACGAGGUGGGAGCCCGGGCCACCACAGACACCAUGGCCAAGUACAAGCUGAAGGUGUUCCAAAACCUGCGCAUUGUGUUGGUGGGCUUCCAGGAAGAGGACCAGAGCCAGAUGGAGGACCUGGUGACUCAGAAUGGUGGCUUCAACACCACCCUGGAGGACCAGCAGGCGACGCAUGUGGUGUUAGAGGACCAGACAGUGACAGAGAAGCCUCCUGACUGUCCCCCAAAGGCACAUGUGGUGAAGGCUGAGUGGUUUUGGACAUCUAUACAGAUGGAGGCGCCACCCAGUGAGACCUUGCAUCUCUUUGAGGAAUUGAAUGCCAGUAUGUUAAGUCCACGACAGAUGUUCUCCUCUCCUUCCACUCCUGGUUCUCGGAGUCGGCGCCGCAAACGGUUACGAGAGACAGUGCAGCACCUGGCACAAGAUGACUCCUCCUCCGCCCUUCCCUCUGCCCCAGCCAGCAGCAAAAGAAGAUCCUCUGCGGGUGACUUGGCUUUCUUGUCAGCUGAUGGUUCCUUCCUGGACGACACUGCCUCCACACCAAACAGGCUUGCUCCUCCCUCUGGCAGAUCAUUCAGUGAGCUAGAUGGCAGUGAGCAGAUCCCCCUCAGUCCGCCACCUGUUGACCUCCGGCAGCUCUCGGCGAGACAGCGCGUCUUCCACGAGUUAGUUAAGACUGAAUGCAAUUACGUCAGCAUUCUAGACGCAAUAGAAAAGGUCAUCAAAGUCCCUCUAGAGAACAACUCCCAGUCAGGUGGCCCCAUGCUGGACAGCCAGGAGUUGCGUUACAUAUUUGGUAACCUGCCACCAAUACACACAGUUCACACAAGGAUGCGGGAUGACCUCCUCCAUCUGGCUCACAACUGGACGCCUGAUGCCAGUAUUGGGGAGAUCAUCUUGAAAUACUCUACUGAAUUGGAGAAGGCGUAUCCACCUUUCAUCAACUUUUUCGAAAACAUGAAGGAAAUGCUGCAGAAAAUCUCGAGUGAAAGGCCAAGAUUUCACGCCUUCCUCAAAAUUGCCCAAAACAAACCUGAGUGUGGCCGCCAGAGUUUGCAGGAGCUGUUGAUUCGACCUGUACAAAGACUACCGUCCAUGAGUCUCCUUAUUGGCGACAUCUUGAAGCACACAGAGAAGACGUCGCCCGACCAUGUAGCUCUGGAACAAGCCCUGGACAAGAUCAAAUCUGUCAUGACCUUCAUCAAUGAUGACAAACGGAAGACGGAAGCAAAACUAAAGUUAUUUGAGAUCCAUAAUGAUAUUGAAAUGUGUCCGCCUAACCUUGUGGCAUCUCACCGAAUGCACAUGAGUAAGGUGGACGUGACAGAGCUGAGUGAUAGCUGUAGUGGGCGGGGUGACACCCUCACUCUCUUCCUUUUCAACGAUGUACUUGAGAUCUGCAAAAAGAAGAGUAAAUACAACAGUAUAAAGAGCCCAAGCCGAGCCAAUCUUCACGCCCUGAAGAGCAUUAAAACCUACAAGCACCUGGAGAUGAUGAAUCUAGCCCAUAUUAAGAGGAUUGUGGACAUCAGGGAAACUGAAGAUUGUCACAACGUAUUUGCCCUCAUCAUCCGGAGCAAUCAGGAGUUAAAGGAGCGACUCUUCACCUUCACCCUCAUUCAGGACGACAUAACAAAGUCCACCUUCCUCAAAACUUUAUGUCGAACUGUUGCAAACAUUGCCUGCAGAAAUGAUGUUGAAAAUUUUCUGGUUUCCAUGGAUCCUCACCAUCUUGAUAUAGAGACCAGUGAUGUCAGUCUUACUAAUGCUUUAAGUAAAGCUCUCAAAUUUGCGACCCGAACUGGAAGGAAAGUAAGUCGAGCGUUCAGCUUUAACAAGUCACCGAGCAAGCUGAAGCGAGCCGUGUCGACAGUAAUGAGUCCUUUUGGCACCCUGCCACAGCAAUCGUCCAUGAGAGGAGCAACAAGUGUCAAUAACCUAGCCGAUUUGUCUUUAUCAGGAACACCUCCCACUGGGGGCUUUGCUCAUCCCAUGGCUACUCCUACGUCUCGCAGACGCACCCUGAAAAAUGCACAUUGAAGACGCCCGCCACUGGAGCAGCAAAAGUUUCUCCCGCGAUGGGUUUGCCAACACUCACAAAGGCCACCCACACCUAGCCAAGUGUCUCACAAUCACUCCCCUUCAGGAUGUUUAUAGGGUUGUAAUGAUGCCAAAUACUUAUUUUCUAAGUACAAUACCAGUGCUGUACCAAAUUUUUCAGAGGGUGUGAAAAAUGUGCAAGCUUGUGGUAGUGGCCCCAGCUUGACCUAAGAAAUACUUAAGUUCCCAUGUAUAUUCCUCAAGAUACAAAAGUCUCCCUUUGAUAGCAUUAAUGUAAAUAGUUUAUGAUGCAAUACAUUUAGUACAAAAUUAUAUCAACCACUUAAUACUGAUUUCAUAAGUGAGCAGCUGUGGUAUGAAUUUUUGUGCCUUGGACUUGUAAAUACAUACAUAUAUAUAUUUGACAGGAGAAUGUUGAAAUGUCUGUAUGGGUAGCUGUCUUCUCUCACUCUUUAUAGUUAGUGCCGGUGUUGAGGAAGAGAGGUGUUUACUCCAUUACAGUUAGUACACACAACUUUCUGCAUUUAUGAAACUGAUUUUGUGGUUUCUUAAGAGAAGAAAAGUGCUUGUGAUUUGCAUUUUCUAGAGACAUUCACUGCAUUAUAAGCCAUUAUGAAAACAUCUAGUGAAGAGCAAUCUAUCUCACAGUAUUGAUCAUGUCCACUAUUUGUUUUGGUGGAUUUGAAGGAAGCUUUCAUGAAAUAGGUAGAAAAAUGUGAUUUCAGAUUUUUUUUUUUUUUUCUAUUUAUUUAUUUAUUUUAUUUAUUUAUUUUUUUUUUUUUUCCUUAUUUAAUCUGUCACUGUUGAUAAUGUUGAUAUGGUCAAAUUGUAUACCAGAACACUGAGAAAAAGGACAUUUUUUGUGCAUGAAUCAGAACCAAGGCAUUUUAUUACUUGACUGGCAUCCUCAAUUUUAUCAUCAUCUACAUACAUAUUUUAACUUUUUAACUCAAACAUACAUUUUUAAGCACAUGCACCGCUGACAUACAAUGAAGUAAAUGGUUCCUGAUUAUGCCAAUUUGUUUCAUGCCAAAUAGCACUUUGAUUCACUUAACUGGAAGCUUAUGUAGGAGAGAAAAGAGGUACAACUGCAGAGGCUCGGUAUCAACAUUCUGAUUAGUGAGGUUCAUGACCAUCCUGAGAAUGCAGGUGUUUGUCUCAGCAGCUCUCAUAUGUCACAUGGAAAGACUGAUUAUUGUUUUUAUUUUCAGAGUACUAGGUUUUAUGUUAAGCUUUGGAAUAAAUAGGGAGGCAAGUAUGUAUAAUUUGUAAUGAGCCCAAUGUCACUGUGUUGUGUUUCAAGUUUCUCAUCAAUAAGUGUUCCUUCAUAUUCACCAUCAGGGCAUCGCUCUACAUGGGGAGGGUGUGCUUUUAGUCUGUUAGUUCAUCAUUCAUUUGGUUUAGUACACUUAUUAUUCUCUUGUCUGUCUCACCACAUUCUGAAUAUUAUAUCUCAUCGUCAUCCGUGUUAUAUCUUUUGUAUCUUUGUAUCGUAUCUUUGUUGUUGCGUCAUUGUUGUGUCGUACAUCAGUGUCUCAUUUGGUGGAUGAGGAGUGCUUCUCAUAGCUGCCAUAUACUGAUUCAUGUGUUCAGUGUUCUGCCAACUGCCACCACUGUUAUGACUCAGAGCAUAGCAGGGGGUUGGCACACUCAGCUUAACUCUACAGAAGGGUCAUCAUACAAGCCACAUGUAUGAAUCUGCACCUCUAUCGUGACUUACCGCACUUUUCAUGACUGUACAUAAUGCAUACUUAUUUUGUCGCAUGGCAUUUUUUACCUGAUGAAUCAAUUUGGUGCUUCUAGUGAUCCCCAUGAUAUAUUCUUAGAACAUUCUAGCCAUGUAAUGAAUGCAUAAGGAGCAGGAAAUUUAUACUGAUUGAUCUCUUGUUACAUAGGUGAUGAACAAACUUAGAUUUCAACAUUUUCACCAUAAGACCUGUAUUUUGAAUUGCUUUAGGCUCUCGGGACUGUUUUCAAAGGCUACAGAGGUGAUGGGUUAGGUUGUGGGUGUUUUCCUCUGUAAACUAUCACCAAAAUCUUGAAAACCCAGCAACUUCCACUAGAGCCUCAACCUAUCUCUAGAAUCUUGAAAACUCCCCAGUAACUUCCUCUAGUCCUCAAAGUAUCACUAGAAUCUUUAAAAAAAUUACCCUGGAAAACUUAUCUCGCCAGGUCCUGAAGGUAGUUUCGGUAAGAUACUUAAACGUUUUGAGAAUGCAGUCCCAAGAUUAUCAUUAGUUUAAAUUGUGUCAUAUUUUGAAUUUGUACUGCCAUGAAUAUUUUUUACGUGGACUGAACAUCGAAUAUCUCGUUGCCAUUUAAUAAUUCCCUUCCAUCCAGGAGGUUUGCCGUCUCUCUGCCAUGUGUGUGUUUCAAGUAACGAUGUGGAGCGCAUGAUUUAAGUUCGUCUGGGCAAGAGUGAUAAUCUAGAUACUACUCCUGUACCUAGGUACUCUGUGUACAUACUAUAACUGACUUGACGAUCCCCCUUCUUGUUCUGUCAAACAUUCCAUUGUUUUUGAGCAUAUAUUUGGGAUUUCAGUCAGUCAUGCCAAGUGUUCAGCAGUGUAAAGGUUGCCUUGUGGCGCUGUCUUCCAUAAAUGUACUACUGUUGAUACUUAACAUAUUUUCCGAGGCUCAUUAAAUAAAUACCUUUUC